CGGAAGUGAAAUAAUUAAAGGUCAAAGUUCAUUUUGUGUCAACACAUGUGCGUCCCCCAUAGCCAUGCGUUUCGAGGUAGAAAACGUUUAAUUUCAGUGCUUUCAUGUUAAUUUAAAACAUAAAAAUGCCAAGAGACAUAUCAUCUUCAUCGAGCGAGGAUGAAGCGGACAGUCCAGUUACAAAACCACCGGUAAAGCAAAAAGAACCCGAUAAGAAGACCACUAGGUACCAGUGUCCUGCUGACUUUGUGUCUUUCUGCCAUAAGCCAUGCAGCAGCACUCUAACAGAGAGUCUGAAGAACAACAAGAAUGAGUUAUGGCUCAUUAAAGCUCCUGCCAGCUUUAAUCCGGAAUGUUUCAGUGGCAUCAAGGUGCCGCUCUCCGGUCUCCAGACCCUGAAGGUUCCCACUGCUGCAGGCGGAGCCAAGUCUGGGAGUGGCCAGCAGAUCUACAGCAUCCUGGCAUCCUCCCACAGUCCCUCAGAGCUCCGCUUGCUCACCAGUGACGAGCAGUCAUCAGGUGGCGUCGUUUUUGGUCCUACGUUCUCAGGCCUGCUAAAUGUGUGUGAGAACUAUGGAGGCAGCAGUGCGACCUAUGCCCCUCAGGUGAUCCCCGCUGCUCCAGCACCCGCCAUACCACCGGGGCUGAAACAGCGAUUCCACCCCUUCGGCUGUAAGACCCCCACGCUGACCUGUGUGGCCGAGAAUGAGGUGGACGGAGCCGCCUUCGGGCCCUCAUCUACAACCCUCCGCCCUCUGGUAGUCAAAAGAUUCAUAGAAGAAACAGGGCAUGAGGAAGAGGACGAGGAAGGGAGGAAAAAGAAGAAGAAGAAAAAGAAAGAAAAGCGCAUAAAGACAGAGCGAGAGGAGGGGGUGAGCGUGAAAGAGGAACCUGCAGCUGAGAUUCAGGACGAAGUGAUGAUGGAACAGCCCCUCCAAGAGGAAGAUGUUUCAGAGGAGAAGAGGAAGAAGAAGAAGAAAAAGAAGGACAGGGAGCGAGAGGAGGUGGAGGAGGGACUGGAGCCCAGUGUAAGAGUGAAGGUGGAAGAUGCAACAGUGAAAUGUGAACCAAUAGACACUUCAUAUGGUGAUGUAGUGGAAGGCUCGGGAAAGAAGAAGAAGAAAAAGAAGAAGAAAAGCAAAACUGAUGAGGACUAGUCUGUUUUUUUCUGUGUUCAGUUUUCUUUAUUUGUUUAAGUUUUGACUUUAUGAACUCACCUGGGAGCCAAUUUACUACUAAUCCACUCCGUUGCAUUGAUAGAUCGCAUAAUGCAAGACCUGUUUUGGCAGGAUGUUGUAUUUUGAAAACAAGAGCACAUCCUGAAUCGAUUGAACAGUGACACAAAUUAUAAAGUGGGUUCAUCCCAGCGUCUUUAAGGCCAAUGUUCCUUUCACUCUGAGCUUAGAAAGUGACAGUUUUAUACACAGACUGUGUGCGGCCGCAGGCAACUAUGAGCACAUGGGUAAUAAGAGUGUACAUGGGGGGAGUUUCUGCUUUUUAUGCCAGUGUCUGUCAGGCUGUGGUAGAUUUUAUGGGAUUAUGCUCAAACUGUGUUGCUGUGUCUGUGUACAUAUUUACAAAACUGGGCUGGUAACGUCACUGGUUUGGCAGCAGGUUCAGAAAACCAGAGCUGAUAUAAAGACAGAAUAAUGGUUCAGUGUCACGUAAGGUUGUUGGUUUUUUUUUUUUUUUUUUUUAAAUGAGCUGAGUCAUAGAAAUGAUGUGAGUGCAAGAAAACACAUGUUAGAAAAUAAACCCCAAAAGUGAUAAAUGAAAUAAAAAAUGAAAAAAAGGUGGUGUUUUUGUCCUGCAGUCGCCUCUUGCAAGUGUUUGAGUACAGCACAUUUUCCUCUCGUGCCUUGUAAGCACAGUGACUUCAUCCAGAAGGAAUGAAACUUGAACCCGUGUUGUAACUCAGACUGUGGUUUUUAUAUUGUGCAACAACAAGAAAGUGCCCAAUUUACAGAUCAGUAGUUUUCUAAUUAUCUGAAAAGAAAUGUUUUGUGAAGGAGUUGUUUCAUCAGGAAAGGCAAACGUUUGUCUGAGAUAAACUACAGUCUGUUCUAUACUAAAACAUGCACGUUUGCAAAAUGAUUUUACGAAUGAACAGCGAUGAGAGUUGUAUGUUUCACAGUGCAAUGU